UCCCGCCCCAGCCCUGCCCCGCUCCAGCCCCGGCCCGCCCCACGCUGGCGUGAGGGGGCGGUGGGCGCGGUGGGGUGGCGGGGCUGGCCCUGGUGCCUUGGCGGAAUUUUCGUGCCGGCUAGCCCCGAGCGUUAUCGGCAGCCCCAAGGCUGCGGCUGCUUCGGGGCUGGGUCAGCCUGCCCGCCAGCACUGGGCGAAGUAGACUCUGGGAGCCGGGGCGGCCUUUGCCGUGAAGACUCGCUGGCAGGGCGGGAGGCACAGGCCGAGUCCCCUCGGGGGGGCGGAGGUGACCCCCCGGGCACGUCUGUCCCCCACCGAGCGUGGAAAUGUCGCCGCUCUCAGGGAGCGCGGCCCGGCCUAUCCCGGGGGCUGGACUCCGACCCGGCUCUGAGAGGACGAGUCUCGCCCCCGCUCCCUUUCCUUGUGUCCCGAGUUCAGGAAAAACACGUGUGCCACCUGGAGAAACAGGAAAACUGUGUUCACUGAUUCAGCCAGAUAAAAAGGAUUGUCGCAGAACUAUAAAAGCCAUCCAAGAUGGGAAGUAUUUUACUGAUCUGAGCAAAGAAUCUGACAGUCUAGAACACCAAGUAAGAAAACAUUUAAACAGUAAAAACGUUGACACUUGGAUGCAGGAGCUAAGUGAAAGUGAAAUUCAGAAUACUAAUCUCAGAAAAAAAAUUCUUGAAACUGAGAAACAGAUUAAAGAACUUUCAUCCAUGCUCCAGUGUGAAAAAAUCAAGGUACAGAAAGAGGACCACCUGUCAAAAUCAGUAAAGGAAGUACAAGCUCACCUGCAGCGUCAGAUUGUAAGAAAAGAAGCAGAAAAUUAUGAAUUAAAAGUGAAAAUGCAGACUCUAGAAAAUAAAAUAGCAGAGUGGAAACAUCAAAUUGGUGAAUACAAGUGCCAGAAGUUAGCCUUAAAGGAAACAAGUGAGCAAAAGAAGAUAGCUCUGGAAAAAGCAAUAAGGUCCCAGAAACAAAGAGCUCAACACUUAGAAGAAGCUGUGAAAGAUGUAACCUCUAAAAUAAAAGAACAUGAAGCCAAACUGCAUGAGAUACUGUCAGCUUCUGAUGUCUGGAAAAACCAGCACAAUAGAAUAGUUGAAGAAAAGACAAUGUUAGCAGUUCAAAUAGAAGAUCUUGAGAAUCAGAUCCGAGGCCUGAUGGAAGAUGUGGAAAGAAGGGAGGAAUGGAGAAGAAACUCAGAAGAGGAAAUUCUUGGAAAGCUAAAUUCUGUUAACUCUGAAAAUGAAAAGAUUUACCUUGAAAACAAAAAAUUAAAGGCUUCCCUUGCUACAUUGGAGAAAAGAGCAGUGUCUGUUGAAUAUGAGUUUCUUCAUCUGCAAGAAAAAGCAAAGCUGCAGGAAAACCUUUUAGAACAGCGUAAAAAUGAGGUACAAAAAAGACAAAUUGCUGUGGAAGAAUUGAAAUCCAGAUACGAAACAGUCUUAAAUGAAAACAAAAAAACCCCAGUAAACAAAUGCUUAGAAGCAGAUAAGGUGGGGCACAAAAUGGAGGCUGAGUUAAAGGAGUUGGAACAUGUUUGUGACUUGCUGAAAGCAGCUGAGGAAAACCAGCAAAAGCUUCUGGCCUGGGAAAGGAUCCAUGUGCAGAAAUGCAAAACCCUCAGGGAGCUGGAGCUUCAGGAUAAGCAUAAUGUAACUUCUAUGGGCAAUCUUUGCUUAGAAGAAGAGAUCUGUAACAUUCAGAAGAAAUAUGGAGAUCUUCAAAGGCAACUAGGACAGAUGGAAAAUCAGAAUGAAGAACUUGCUUACCAGCUCAGGAAAGAAGAUGAGAGUCUUCAGAGCAGUAAAUUGCAGCUUGAAGAGAAAAUUGCAGAAUAUAAUGCAUUAACCAGACAACUUGAAUCUGCUUUGGAAGAAGGGAGAAAAAUGGUAGCUGAAGAAUGGGAAAAAAUGUCAUACAAAGAACAAGCCUUUCAGACAAAACUGCUACUUCUUGAAGCUGAAGUGAGAAAGAGGCAAGAAGAAAAAAAGCAACUCCUCUGCUUACUUCACCAUAAUGAAAAGCUUCAUGAAGUACAUUUGAAAGAGCUGGAGAACUGCCUACAGAAGAAAACAUCUGUUGUGGGCAGGAGAAACAGGUCAGCCCUUGCUGUGUGUCCUAGUGGCUGGUCACACAUGGGGAAUGGAGCUGCUGUUCCUGACAGAAACCACUGUGUUAUCCGUGGCACAGCAGUGCAAAGGCCGAGUGCCUGGCAGCAGCAGGUGUGUAUGCGUGGGGUACGCACACAAAAUGGGUCUGUGAAUGUCCUGGCCUGUAAAAUCUUACCUGAGACCUUUUAGUCCAUGGUAAAUGCAGGUAAUUGCAGAUUAUCUUUCAAUUCAAUGAUAUCUAACCAAUUAAAACAGGCAAAAAUUGAGAUCAUUAGGUUCCUUCCCUUUUUUCCCCUGCAGUUUAGCCCCAUUAUAGCCCUACACUACAUGGGAGAGUUGCCACCACAAGGCUGUCCCAUCCAGCCACUUUUCUCUACAUCUCAUCAUCAUGCUCAGGAAUACACUAUAGUAGUAUUUUAUAAAUAUGAGUAGGAAAAAUUUUUAGAUGCAGGUAUAGUUUAAGCUCUGAAUGUGCUGAUAUACCCUGUUGACACAGCUCCAGUGAGAUAUUCAAGUAUUUGUCUCAGUUCAAGAGCUGCUGUUCAAUAAGACUGACUUGUGCCUCAAGUAAAACACAUGUACAUAUUCGGCUGAUACAGGAUUAAUACAAGAAACAAUUCCUGAUUUAAUUUCAGUUCUAAAUUCUAAUUAGUUUUGUAGAUAAGUUUUUAUGAUAUGUUUUUUAAAAUAGUACAUUCAGUUAAAUAUAUGUGGUUUACAAUGUGUAGUUAAAUAAUAUGUAUUUUUGACCAAAACCUUAAGUUUGUUUAUGCAUAGGCAAUACCCAUUCUAUUUCAUUAUUAGUUGUUAGUAAUGUGUUGAAUACUGACCUUUUUUCUUGCAAAUGCUUAUCCAUCUUAAGAAAUACUGAUAUGUGCUAAUGUUCUGCUUCUGUGCACUUUUUAAAAAUAAAAUUGUCAUUUAUUCUGUAUGACAGGUUAAUAGCAAAUGUUUAUUUUAAAUUUGGGGGGUUUGCAUUGCACACACAGAAAUAUUUGGAUUCAUUUAGUUCUGACUGCGCUACUUAUAAAAUAUCAAAACCUUUUUGAAAGUCAUCAUGUAUGAAGGAAAGUGUUCAGAAAUAAAUUGUUCAAUCCAGUGCAUGAGUGGUUUUCCAGAGCUCAUACUGAAAAACUGUACACCUUUCAUUAGAUUUAGGUUUUUUUCCUUUUUAGUUUGUUUUGUUUCUUUUUAUUGUUCU